AUGACUCCUAUAAGCAGGCCUUGGGCCUCUCCAAGGGUUGUGGCCACCAUGGCUAAUAUGAAUCCCUUCGGCUGCUUCCUCCUCUUCUCUCUCCUUGUCCCUUCUGCCUUCUCAUUUGGUUUACAUCACGACGAUGUAAAAAAAUCUGUUUCCCAAUUUGCGGAUCAUGUGGUUAGUGAUGGUUCUCCCCCGGAAGUUGAAUAUGAGAUUGAACUCAAGGUCACUUUUGCAAAUGACAGGCUCAAGAGAGCAUACACGGGUCUCCAGGCAUGGAAGAAGGCUAUUCAUUCCGAUCCAAAUAACAUGACUGGCAACUGGGUUGGGGCCAAUGUCUGUUCCUACAAUGGUAUUGUGUGCGCUUCAGCAUUGGACGAUCCCACGGCUAAUGUUGUUGCCGGGAUUGAUCUCAACCAUGGUGACAUAGCCGGGCACCUUCCUGACGAGCUUGGGCACUUGUCUGAGUUGGCCUUCCUCCACAUUAACUCUAACAGGUUCUGUGGAGUCGUCCCUGAGAGCUUCAACAAGCUUCAACUUGUGAGUGAAUUGGACAUUAGCAACAACCGAUUUGUUGGCAAUUUCCCGAAGGUUGUUCUGGAGUUGCCAGGCCUCAAAUACCUUGACCUCAGGUUCAAUGAUUUUGAGGGACCAUUGCCUCCAGAGCUCUUUGAGAAGGAGCUGGAUGCCAUCUUCCUCAACAACAACCGGUUCACGUCCACCAUCCCUCUGACUAUCGGCAAGUCCCCAGCCUCUGUGAUUGUAUUUUCAAACAACAAAUUCACUGGCUGCAUCCCAAAGAGUAUAGGUAAAAUGGCAAGGUUGGACGAGAUACUUUUCUCCGAUAACGAAAUGGGCGGUUGCUUGCCUGAGGAAAUUGGGCAGCUGGGAACUGUCAGUGUGAUUGAUAUCAGCAGAAACAAAUUCACCGGGGUGUUGCCAACAUGCUUUGGAGGGCUCAAGAGCAUUGAGGUCUUGGAUUUUAAAUCCAACAAGCUGACUGGAAUGGUUCCUGAAAGCAUUUGCAGCUUGCCAAGCUUGACCAACUUAACACUCUCUAAAAACUUCUUCAAGAAAGAAGGGAAAACAUGUGCAGCACCCCGGCCUGGUGUUGCAUUUCAUGAUGAAGAGAAUUGUUUGGAAGACAGGCCGAAGCAGAGGUCCAAGGCCAGUUGUUCGGGCAUUGUGAAUAAGCCUAUUGAUUGCAGCAAACUAUGCAGAGAUCUAAUUGAUGAACCGAGCCCCGUUACUCCCCACAAGCGUACACCACAAUCACCACAGCCCGCUCCCCAAAACCCAAGACCAGGGCCUCCGAAAAGCAAUGAGCACACCCCAUCAAUCCCUAAACAUCAUCCUCCACCGAAGCCCACAUCGGAUAAAACCCCAUCACCAGCACCACCAACAUCAACACCACAGCCUCCACAAGUACCAACCUCGUCUCCAUCACCACCUCCAGUAGUCGACCAUAAUACCCCAUCCACCCCCAAACAAACUCCACCAUCUUCACCCCCAUCAACACCGAAGCCACAGCCUCGACCACCCCCUACCCCAAUCUCUAAACCCAACCCACCACCUACAUCGAAGCCACCAACUCCAACACCAAUGCCAGAUGCUACUUCACCUCCAAGACCUUCUCUUCGACCUCCUACUCCUCAUCAAAAACCAUCUCAAUUCACUCCAUCACAGCCACCUGCCUUCUCUUUUCCACCACCAGUUCACUCACCUCUGCCACCUCCUCCAACUUAUUCCCCUCCACCUCCACCAACCCAUUCAUCCUCUCCACCAGCGCAAUCCCCACCAAAAACUCCUCAAAAACCAUCUCAACCUCCUUCACCAGUACCACUAUCACCACCAUCUUCUGUGCCAAGCAAAUCAACACCACCACCAUUGACAACCCCUCCAAAGCCUUCUUCACCCAAACCAACACCGGUUAAGUCAUUUCCGCCACCAGCUUUUGAACCCAUGCCAUCACCUAAUAAGCCGGUAAAAUCAACUCCACCACCUAAAAUAUUGUCCCCAUCACCCCUACCACCAGUUCAUUCACCUCCACCUCCACCAACCCAUUCAUCCUCGCCACCAGCGCAAUCCCCACCAAAAACUCCUCAAAAACCAUCUCAACCUCCUUCACCACUACCACCACCACCACCACCAUCUUCUGUGCCAAGCAAAUCAACUCCACCACCAAUGACAACCCCUCCAAAGCCUUCUUCACCCAAACCAACACCGGUUAAGUCAUUUCCGCCACCAACCUUUGCACCCAUGCCAUCACCUAAUAAGCCGGUAAAAUCAACUCCACCACCUAAAAUAUUGUCCCCAUCACCCCUACCACCAGUUCAUUCACCUCCACCUCCACCCCCACCUGAAUUUUCACCGCCCCCACCAGCUCAUGUAGCUUCGCCACCUCCUCCUCCAGCUUACUUGCCUCCACCUCCUCCUGUCUUCUCUCCGCCACCAUCAGUCCGCUCACCUUCACCACCAACAAUGUCCCCACCGCCUUCAUCAUCCGUCUUCUCUCCACCCCCACCCCCAUCACCUUCUUUAUCUCCUCCUCCUGCUCCAGCUCCAGCUCCCGUCCUCUCUCCACCACCAACCUUUGCUGACUUCAACCUGCCACCACACUUGGGGGCCGUGUACUCAUCACCGCCACCACCAAUGUUUGAAGGCUACUAA